AUGUACAAGAUGCAACUCUUGUCUUGCAUUGCACUAACUCUUGCACUCGUGGCAAACGGUGCACCUACUUCAAGCUCUACGGAGAACACAAAGGAACAAGUGAAGUCACUGCUGCUGGAUUUACAGUUGCUUUUGAAGGAAAUUAAUAAUUACGAGAACCUCAAGCUCUUCAGGAUGCUCACAUUUAAAUUUUACAUGCCCAAGAAGGCUACAGAAUUGAAACAUCUUCAGUGUCUAGCAGAAGAACUCAAGCCUCUGGAGGAUGUGCUAAAUGUUGCUCAAAGCAAAACCCAGAACUCGAUAGAUAUCAAGGAUUUAAUGGACAAUAUCAAUAGAAUAGUUUUGACACUAAAGGGAUCUGAAACAAGAUUCACAUGUGAAUAUGACGAUGAGACAGUAACCGCUGUAGAAUUUCUGAAAAAAUGGAUUACCUUUUGUCAAAGCAUCUACUCAACGAUGACUUGA